AUGUUGUUCACGCGUCUUGCCCCGGUAUUAAUCUCCCUCCUGCCAGUCGCAACCGCCAACGAAGCACGCGACCGCGCCGAAGAAGGCCUGCUCACGCUGCAGGACUGGUAUAACGAUGGCACCGGGCUUUGGGAUACAAUUGGAUGGUGGAAUGGCGCGAAUUGCAUGACGGCCAUCGCGGAUUUGGCAUCUAUUGAUCCAUCAGUGAUGGAGACGGCCAACUAUGUCUUCAACAACACGUUGAUCAAGGCCCCGCCGCAGAACCCGCAUCCCGGUCCGGAGACCAAGGCGAAUGCGAAGCGUGAUUUUGUUCCUCGUGCUGUGAGCUCGGCGAAUGUUUCGGAUUGGCUUGAUUCUGCGUAUGAUGAUGAUGGGUGGUGGGCGCUGGCUUGGAUUGCGGCUUACGAUGUUACUGAGGAUAACACUUACCUCUCCCUGGCGGAGGAUAUUUUCGCUGCCCUGACCAAGGCGUGGGGUACUCGAUGCGGCGGCGGCGGUCUCCCAUGGAACCCGACUAGUGACUAUGUGAACGCCAUCACGAACGAACUCUUCCUCUCCGUCGCCGCACACCUAGCCAACCGUGUCCCAUCCAGAAAAGAAGACUACGUGCGCUGGGCGCGCAAGGAAUGGGAUUGGUUCGCGGCGCAAGGCUUCUUCGGCGAAAACAACACCAUCAACGACGGACUCUUGGACAACUGCCAGAACAACGGACAGACAGUAUGGUCCUACAACCAGGGCGUGAUCCUCGGUGGCCUGGUCGAACUAAACCACGCGUCUCCGAACAACACCUACCUUGAAUCGGCCAACACAAUCGCCAAAGCCGCAAUCGCGACCCUCGCCGACUCCAACCACGUCAUCCACGACUUCUGUGAGACGAGCAGCUGUGAGCCCGACGCAACGCAAUUCAAGGGGAUCUUCAUGCGAAACCUGCUGAUGUUGCACUCGGCCUCGCCGCAUGAUCUCUACAAGUCUGUUAUCGUCAACUCGGCCGAGAGUAUUUGGAAACGUGAUCGCAAUGAACAGGGCCAGUUUGGGGUUAAUUGGGCUGGUCCGCCUACGAUGGGCAAGCUGGAUGCUUCUACGCAUAGUUCGGCGUUUGAUGCGCUUGUUGCUGCUGCUUCGCUUUGA